AUGGCCUACUCAAGCAACCGAGCUAGCAUCCAGCGCAAGCCCGUACCUGACCAACCCUCCCAAUUCCCAGCAAAGCCAGCAAAGCCAACAAUGCCAGAACCCGUACACUACAGCGCUACCAACAACAUGUCCAUGUUGGAAACGCUUCAAGCACGCAGCCAUAUGCAAAAUUCAACCAACAGAAUCAACACCGAUGACCCAGCCUUCACCGCUCCGACCCCCGAAUCUCAACCCCCAACCGCCACCCACAACGUCACCAACAUCCUCACCUCCAUCUCCGCCACCGCAGGCGACCACCAACGCGUAACCUUCCGCUCCGACUCCCCCUACUCUAUCCCCAGCGCACCGCCCCAAGCUCUCCUCCGCCGCAGCGUUCCCCCGGACAUGUUCACGCGCGACAUGUCGCACUUCAACUACCUCUACGAAACAAUGAAAAGCAAAGACAACACCGAAACGAUACUGGGGAUGCUGACGUGCUGGAUCUCGCUCUGUGUACUUGGCUCGGCGAUUGAUGUGUAUAAUAAGCAGAUGAGGGAUUAUGUAGCGGGCAUGAAUGGAAGGUAUAAUGUGUAUGGGGUUACGUGGGCAUUUGAGUUCAUACCGUUCGGGGGGGCAUUUGUUAGUUAUGAGACUUGA